CCACGUCAAACUGACUCCUGGCUGCUGGAGCCUUGUGGACUGUGGUCACUCGGGUUAAAUCUGCAGCUCAGAUGUGAUCAGGUCUGAGGAGACGCUCGGUGUGUGUGUGUGUGUCUGCUGAGGGGGGGUCACCUUGUCCAGCUGGAGGAUGAGUGGAUUUCUCUACCGGGGAAGGCACUGUGGAGACAAACGAGCCGGGCUGAAGAGCACUGGACCCACGAUGGAUUCGUCGUGCGGUGAAACGGACAAAGGCCCGCCGGUCCAGAUGCACAGCCUCCGAGAGUUCGAGCAGCACCUGAACGACCUGAAGAAGGAGAACUUCAGCCUGAAGCUCAGGAUCUACUUCCUGGAGGAGAAGAUCCAGCAGAAGUUCGAGGAGAGCAGCGAUGAGGUGCACCGGAGGGUUCUGCUGGACGAGCAGCAGGUCCGGCUCGGUCGGUACGAGGGCGCGGCUGGUCAGAGUGUCGGGGAGCUUCAGAAGGCCCAGAACUGGGUCGGUUCUCUGCAGGCCAAGAUCAGUGAGAGCGAGACCAGGAACCAGAAGCUGCAGGAGCGUCUGGCUGAAGUGGAGCUGGAGCUGGGCUCGGCCCGGCUGGAGGCCCGGCAGCAGGAGAGGAGCGUCCAGAACCUCACCGAGACGGUCCGCUCCAAGGAGGCGGAGGUUUCUGAGCUGCACCGGGUCAUCGAGGACCAGAACCAGAUGUUGGGUUCUCUCAGAGAACUCUCGGUCCGCAGCCAGCUCCAGAGGUCCGGUUCCGAAGCUGCUCCGGGUCAGAUGGAGGUUCUGGUCCUGCAGGCGUCUCUGUUCCAGACCCAGCUGGAGCUGCAGGCGGGUCAGCGGGCGCAGCGGCAGGCAGCCAGGGCCCAGGAGAACCAGAACCGGGCCCUGGAGGGACUGGAGAGAGACCUGCAGGAGGCGCUGCAGCAGAGGAGGGAGGCGGAGAGACACAACCAGGAGCUGCAGCUGGUUCUGCAGGAGGUCCGGUCCGUUCUGCAGGAGAAGGAGGAGCAGCUGAGGGAGAACCAGCAGGAGAGCCGGCGGGGGGAGGAGGAGCACCAGAGGAGCCUCAAGGAGCUGAGGACCUCCCUGAAGAGCAAAGAGGAGCUGGUGGAGGAGUACCGCGAGCUGCUGGAGGGUCCGAAGGGGACCGGAGACUCCCUGGUUCUGAGGCUUCGUCAGAGAAUCACUGAAAGGGACCGAGCUCUGGAGCGAGCCGUGGACGAAAGGUUCCGAUCCGAGGAGCAGGAGGAGAACCGUCGUCUGCAGCUGCAGCUCCGGGAGAAGGACCGAGAUCUGGACCGGCAGCGCCGCGUCCUGUCCAACAACGAGGAGACCAUCGCUAGUCUGGAGGCGCUGCUGAGGGGGAAGGUUCUGGAGCUGGACCGGGUCACCCAGACCCAGAGGAACGUCCAGAGUCUGCAGCGGGACGCAGAGGACCAGCAGAACCGGGUCCUGAGGGAGAGGGACACCAUCAUGGGCCAGCUGCAGGAGGCGCUGCACGCUCAGAUGCAGGAAGUUCAGGACCUGCGCUGCUCCCUGCUGGCUCAGGUCAGUUCUGCUCCAGGCCAGGUUCUGGAGGAGCUGAAGCUCCGCCUCCAGCUUAAAGACCGCCUCUUCCAGGAAGUGUUGGCUGACCGGACUCGUCAGGCCCGGGAGCAUGAGGAGCAGAUCCAGGAUCUGCUCAGAACCAUCAGCUGCAGGGAUCAGUACCUUCAGGACUCGGCGAGCCGGUUUGGGGAGGUUCUGGCUGAACAGACGUCCAGGCUCCAGGAGCUUCGCAGACAGCUGAGCUCAGGUUCUGGAUCGGGUCCAGAGCUGACCGUGGAGCUGCAGGUGCUGCAGGAGGAGCUGCGUUUGGCGCUGAGGAGGGAGAAGGAGAACCAGGACCUGAGCUGGAGUCGGGCCGCCCAGCUGGACUCCCUCAGCAGGAGUCUGGACAUGAAGGAGGAGCUGAUCCGGGAUCUCCAGAGGCAGCUGGCCGACCCGGCGGACCUCCCGCUGGUAGAGCGGCUCACCCAGGAGGUCCAGGAGCUGAAGGAGGUUCUGGUCCAGCAGGAUGCCCUCGCAGCCGGUGACCUGGUACCGAGCCGGGACCGGCAGCCCGAGUUCGGAGGUCUGAGCUCCGAGGAUGAGGAGGACGAAGAGCUGAGAAGGGUCCAUGAAGGUGACGCGGAUGCGCAGGACGGGCACGUCGUUGGACCGGGCCUGCCGGGGGUCCAGCCGCUGGUGGAGCAGAAACAGGAAGUGGAGACAGAACUGAAGAUGCAGCUGGAGACUUCUGGGUUCCCGUCUCUGUCCCCCAUGAGGCUGCAGGGCAUGCUGGGAGGUGAGGAGGAGGAGAGCUGUGAGUCGUGGGACGCCUGGGACGGAAACGUGUCUCUGUCUCAGGUCAAAGAUCGGAGCGGUGAGGACAAAAAGGAGCUGAAGUCCAACAGAGGGGAGAGUCAGCAUCUCCUCAGCACCUCCUCACAGAACCAGGACCCUGCUAACCAGCUGAGGGACAGUCUGCAGCGUCCCUCUGCGCCCGACGAGACGCGCCGUCUGCAGCAGCAGAGCAGAGACCUGAAGGAGAGGCUCAUGGUGUCCGAGGCCACGGUUCUGGUCCAGGCUGAGCAGCUGCAGGACUACAGAGACCUCCUGACAGAGACAGCCGUGCAGCAGGACAGCAAACAGGUCCAGGUGGACCUGCAGGACCUGGGCUACGAGACCAGCGGCCGUAGUGAGAACGAAGCUGAGCGGGAUGGAACCAGCAGUCCAGAGUUCGAUGACCUGGAGAUGUGUCUCUCUCUGGACUGUGGGUCCCAGUGGUGGUCCAGCAUCUCCACCAAGACCCCCACACAGGGCUCUGGUUUCAGGGACGAGGUCUCGUCCCUGCAGCGCCUGGUGGAGGACCUGCGCUCGAAGCUGUCCCGCUCUCAGGCGGUGAUCCGCGGGCUGCAGAACAGCCUCCGCUACGGUUCCGGCCUCGCCCCCCGUAAGGUCAACUGGUCCUUCCAGACCCCACAGAGUGGGACGGAGGAGGACGAGGGCUGGCAGUCCUCAGACGGAGGAGUGUCCUCGUCCCCCCAUCACCCUCGCCCGGACAAGGACCUUCAGGAGCUCACGUCCCGGGUGGACGCACUGGAGGACCAGCUGAGGAAAGGUGGACAGAAGAUGGAGGAUGGACACUCUGCCACGUGGCCGGGGAGCUUUGACUCGCUGAUCAAGGCCCAGGCCCGGGAGCUGUCCCACCUGCGCCAGCGGCUGCGUGAGGGCCGGGGCGUCUGCAGCGUCCUCACCCAGCACAUGGGUGACACCACCAAGACCUUCGAGGAGCUGCUGAGGGCCAACGACGUGGACUACUACAUGGGCCAGAGCUUCAGGGAGCAGCUGGCCCAGGGCAGCGCUCUGGCCCAGAGGCUCAGCUCUAAGAUCAGCGGACGUGAUCGUUCUGAGGAUCCAGAUGAGAAGACGGAGCUGCUCGCCAUCCGACUCAGUAAGGAGCUGCAGCAGAAGGAUAAAGUCAUCGAGUCGCUGCGCGCCAAACUGAACCUCCAUCGUCGAUCCGACACGCCCUGCAGCGGCCACGCCCUCUCCGAUUUCACCGACCAAUCGGAUCGCAUCUCCUACGUCUCUGACGAGCACGGAUCCACUGGUGGGGACCCGGAGCUUUGCUCCGAUGUGGACUGCGCAGACGGAACACGGAGUUCUGCCGGAGUCGGAACAGAUUCUCAUCACGCCGUCUCCAUGUCACUCCAUCCAUCUGCUCCUCCAUCCAUCACCUCCUCCCAUCUCUCCCAGUCCUGCCUCAGCUGUCCCAGCAUGCACUGCUCCAGCUCGCCUCACCGACCUGCAGAUGCGACAAGUCUGACAGCGCCACUCUCCACCUCCUGUCACCCUUCGAACUCCUCCUCCUCCCCACAGAGGAGCCUCCCCUGCCGCCCCCCUCCCCCCUCCAACCUGCCAACCCAAAGCAGCCGAGGGGCGGGAUUCUCUUUGGCUGAGGUUCAGCAGGAGCUGCAGCUGUUACAGAAACAACUGAGAAAUGAGAGGUUUCCCAGUCCACGGUCCAAACCCCUUCACGGGUUCCUGUUGGCCCACCAGCACCCAGCUGGCUGCCUCCAGAGCUUCCAGCAGUCUCCGUUCAGCAGCGUUGCCAGCAGCGUCAGCCUGGAUGCUGGCAUGGCCAUGAGAGCUGGAGCCAGUCUGCUGGAGAGCAGUGCAUUGUGGGAAAUGACCUACGGAAGCCGAGCGCCAAGAGUCGGCGCUGACCUGUCAUCAGGAUCAUCAGGGUACCAGUCGGGUACUGGCCACACAGGUUCAGAUCUGACAGCGGAGCACCUGAGAGAGAUCCGGAAUCUGAGACAGAGACUGGAGGACUCCAUCCAGACCAACGACCGCCUCCGGCAGCAGCUGGAGGACAGAAUGUCCCGAACCGUCUCAGAAAAAGGUGGUCCCACCAACAUCUACAUCCAGGGUCUGGACUCAGUCAGCCAGCUGUCCAGUGAGAUCCGAGUCCUGAAGGAGGAGAACUUGAGUCUGCAGACGCAGCUGAAGCUCGCAGCCAGAGAGGGCAGUGAGGAGGCGGAGCGUCUGAGGGAGGCGGUGCUUUUAGAGCAGUCCAGGUUCAAAGAGGCGGAGCUAGAUGCAGAGAGGUGGGCGGGGCAGGUAGAACAGCUGAAACAAGACCGACAGAGGAACCAGGAAACCAUCAACAGACUCCAACACGAGGUGAGCGUCCUGUGGCAGCAGCUAAACGAGAGCCGAAAGUUGGUCCAUGAGCUUCAGAACCUGCUUCAGCUGUGUGGCAGUGUCACUGAAAAUGUCCCGUCUCGGCCCGUCGGAGACGCUGGACCCCUCAGCGCUCCGUCUCCUCUACGAUCUGAGCGGAGACACCGAGGAGCAGCUGAUCCAGAUGCCUCAUCUCUAUCGGGUCGAGCUCCAGAAGGUUCCUUCUCUGACUGUCAUGGCCGCCAUGCAGUCGGAAAUGUUGAGGACUUCAAAGCGCUGCAGCAGCAGCUCCUGGAGGGGAGCGCGCUCCUCCUCAAUAUGGAGGCUGCUCUGUGGUCCCUGAACGCCUCACAGCAGCUGCAUCAGCCUUCAGACUCGGGAUGUGUCAGAAAACUGCUGUCGGACUCUUCGACCCUGAACCAGGUCCUGCAGGAGGCCGACUCUCUGCUGCGCCGCUUCUGGAGAGGAACUCUGCCCGACUGUGACGGAACCGGGCCGGACGAGGCUCUGCUGCAGGAGAUGGUUUCUCUGCGUCUGAAGCUCUCGGAGCGCGAGGCGGCUCUGCAGGAGACCAGGGACAGACUGAGGAGCUCUGACGUGAGCAGAGACGGCAUGGAGCGCCUCAUCGUCAGCCAGCUGUCCAGAACCCGGGACGUCCUUAUGACAGCCAGGUCCAACCUCCAGGUGAAAGCUCAGGAGGCUUCAGAGGGCUCACCUCCUCUCCUGGUUGGAGUGUCCUGACACCGUCCUCCUCCUCAGCAGCGCCCCCUGCAGGCGCUCAGCAGACCCUGCCUGUCCUGAAAACACUAAAACCACCGCCUCGCUUCUGAAGGUGGUUCCGUCUCCUGGUUCGGGUCUGAUGUUUCAGACUCUGCAGCCUCCUCCAGCUGGAGCUUCAGGUUCAGACCAUCCCCUGACGCCGGCAGAACCAGAACUUUCCGCGCUUCGUGUCUGCUCCUGAGCAGACGUAGGGUUUGGACGGAUCUCCGUGUUUUUCUGUUCUUCACGCAAACGAUGACGGAACUCGUCAAACUCUUCUAGAUUUGUUCUCCUGGUCCUGCUGAAGCUUUAGGAGCUCCUGGAAGCAGCACAUGUCUUGCUGUCUUGGACGCUGGUCCUUCAGCUCAGAGCGCCUGUUCACGAUGACCUUCGGCUACUACCACACCGAACUUUAGCUCUGUGAAUCUCAACGAGACCGAGCUAAGGCGGCCAUCUUGUUGACUAAAAGCCAGUCAGUUGUUGAUGUUCAUCCAGUGACUACUUCAUUAGAUAUUUUGCUAACAGACAGACAAAUGAGCCCAGACUGACAGUUGAUGGUAGUAGCUGAGAGUCCUCCCCAACACGCACUCUGAGCUCCAGCAGACUGAGAGAGGUCUAAACUGGCACAGAAGACAGAUUUUGAAACUUUAAAACCUUUUUCAUCAUCAAAUAAUUUUUUUGUUUUGGGGUCAAGCUGCAGAUCUUUAAACGUUUCCUCCUGCCGACAGGUUCCUUCAGGGGUUCUGACCCGCAUGAGGUCCGAGGGUUGUUCUUGAACACACUAAAAACUGCUGGGUUAUUUUCAGAACUCGGGUCGGUUUGAGCAGAAGUUGGAUCAGAUCGACCCGGCUGUCGGGUCAGAGCUGAACCGUGUCCAACAUUUUCAGCACAGCUGGGACCCGACUGGACCUCUGCUUUCCAAAGUAAAGGUCGGAGGUUGAAAACUUUAGUUUGCUCUGAAGCGUCGGCUCCGAUUCCUGCAGGACGAUGCUAACAGCUGUUAGUGUCAGCUGGGUAGCACAGCUCCGCCUGUAAUCAUACAAUAAUCUUUUAUUAUUUUUCAUUUGGCUUUAGCUAAAAGUCAAAGUGCAGUCGACCCGGUUCAGAUGUCGGACCUCAGUCGAACCGAACUAAUUAGUUGUAAAAACUCCCACAAUUUCACAAAACUCGCUGAGUUCUUAUGUCUUGAUCAGAUUUUGUUCAGAUCACGUGUCCAAAUCCUCCGGAUCAAAUCAGUCUCCACGUUUCUCUGGGUGUCUGAAACGGAGCGAGGACGGUUCUGAAGCAGGACUGUUCUGAAGCAGGACGGUUCUGAUGCAGGACGGUUCUGAAGCAGGACGGUUCUGACGCAGGACGGUUCUGACGCAGGACGGUUCUGACGCAGGACGGUUCUGAAGCAGGACGGUUCUGACUGCGGUCCCAGAGUCCUGACGAGGAGGCGAGGUCUGGAGAAAAGGUGUUAAAGCCCUAAGAUGGCACCCGAACAUCCCCCGACCUCCAGAUGACCCUGACCUCCAGAUGACCCUGACCUCCAGAUGACCCUGACCUCCAGAUGACCCUGACCUCCAGAUGACUCUGACCUCCAGAUGACCCUGACCUCCAGAAGGUCCAACUACUGGAUCUGCUUCAGAAAGAGAAGUUCUGCUGCGGGACCCGGGCUGCCGGGUCAGACUGGAGGUCCCGGUCCUGUUAAACCCAGAAGUCUUCAGUUUCCUC